AUGUCUUUGCAAGCACGAUCAUGUCCAAUCGAGCAAAUCACGCUUCCAGCUGAUCUGGAAGAGAGGACAAACGUGCAAUUCGAUGAAAUGGUCCGAAAGGGCCGAAUAUUCUACGAUCAACAGCUUGAGCCCGGUGAAAUAUUGGUGGAUAAUGGGUUUACGAUUGAAUAUCGUACAGUGUCAAUUCUCAAAGGGAAACCUAUUCUCGCGCCAGAUGAUCCGGGUCGCAGCAAAACACCUACACCCGAAAGUACUCGCGCUUCGACGCCAGUGGUAACAUCUUCAACAGUAUCCUCAGUCACUCAAUCCCCUUUAUCUCCGACACUGACACCGUCACCAAAACCAACGGUCAAAGGACCAUUUGUCAAUCCGAAGCCUGAUGAAAUAGUUUACGAAAAUAUCGGCUCUCAGCACCGAUUAAUGCUGAACAAGUUCUGCCUGUAUCGGCCGAUGCUUGUGCUUCCAACCAAGGAAUUUGCGCUGCAGUCUGAUGACCUGGAUGCAUCUGAUAUUGCAGCAGCAUGGGCAUUGUUACAUUCAUACAAUUCAUUUGAGCCCUUGGUCAUGUACAACCGAGGUGUUAACGGCGGCUCUUCACAAGGCCACAAGCAUCUGCAGCUUUUCCCGGUUCCGCCACUAGCACCAUUUUAUGGGAAAGCAGAAAACGUGUGGCCCUCAAAAGCCACCUCUACAACAGAAGUGGCUGACAAAAUACCUCAUGUGCCCUUCAAACACUUUGUGUUGCGCAUACCUCCGCGAGCAAGUGCACAAACGGUCGUCGAUAUGCAUGACCGUCUUCUUCAUCUCACCAGAAUGGCGCAUGUAGAAGCAGGACAUGACGCAGAUGGUGACUACAACGUAGCCAUGACCAAGGACUGGAUUGCUUUGAUACCGAGAACGACUGUAGGACCAGCGGAUGGUCCCUUUGGUACGAGCACAGUGGGCAUGCUAGGGAUGCCGGGACUUAGGGAUGAGCAGGAUAGAGAGAAAUGGAGAAAUCUCGGGGAUUCCAAGUUUCUCGCGACGUUAGGAAUCCCCCAGUCGGACUAG